AUGGAGAAGAUUAGAAACAUGUUGACCCGCGGUGGGCGGGCAGUUGAAAACGAGCUUGGUUCAGAACACGCUAAUCACGAUUUGAAUGAAAAAGCAGCUGAGAUUGCGUCACAAGAGGUUGCCAAUGAGGAUUUCGAAGCAGAUAGAAAAGUCCCCGAUUUGGAUUUGGUGGUGUCAAAGUCACAGGAGUUUGACCCGGUGACCUCUCGGUUAGUUGAUGACAUCAUCCACGAUGACUAUGCAGGUGUUCAUGUCGAAGAUGACUCACCAUAUCCUGAAGUCAGAGCAGCAGUUCCUAGCUCUGAUGAUUUUGAGAUGCCACAAGCUACAAUCAGAGGAUGGACUAUUGGAUUGAUCUUGACCACUAUCGGAUCUGCAAUGAAUAUGUACUUUUCAUUACACAGACCUACAAUCACAAUCACCACCUUGGUCACUUCCAUCUUGGCUUAUCCAAUGGGACGGUUCUGGGCCAGAUGUUUCCCCAACUGGAAAAUUUUCGGUGUUCCUUUGAACCCGGGUCCAUUCAACAUCAAAGAACACGCGGUUAUUACAAUUAUGGCAAAUGCUUCAUUCAAUAGUGGUCCAGCAUAUUCCACAGAUAUUUUGGUUUCAAUGAACAAAUUUUACAACAUUGAUUUCGGUAUUGGGUUUGCUCUUGUGUGUACUCUUGCCACAAAUAUGAUUGGGUUUUCAAUGGGUGGGUUAAUUAGAAGAGUGGUUGUUGACAGUCCAUCAGCUAUUUGGCCACAAAAUUUGGUAACCUGUACAUUUUUGACCAAUUUGCACAUUAAUGAAAAUCACCCUGCUAAUGGUUGGCGCAUUUCCCGUCUUGCCUUUUUCUUGACAGUAUUCAUUGUUGGGUUCUUCUAUUAUUGGUUCCCUGGUUACAUAUUCACGGCAUUGUCGUACUUUUCGUGGAUAACUUGGAUAAAACCCAACAACGUCACCAUAAAUCAAAUCUUUGGAUCGUCAUCAGGCUUGGGAAUGUUUCCAAACUCGUUUGCCUUUGACUGGAAUCAAAUUGCCGGUUACUUUGGCUCACCUUUGAUCCCACCUGCCGGAACUAUUGGUACAAUUUUCCUUUCAAUGAUUCUUAUUUUCUGGGUUGUUGUCCCAGCUAUCUCAUUCACCAAUACAUGGUAUGGUGAUUACUUGCCAAUUUCAUCGUCUGGAUCCUACGAUAACAAGCAACAAAGUUAUGAGGUUGCGAGAAUUGUUGAUCCGAAGACAUUGACAUUUAGAAAAGACGAGUACGAAAAAUACUCGCCAUUGUUUUUGUCAACAACAUUUGCCAUUUCGUAUGGUUUGUCAUUUGCAUCCAUAUUGGCUACCAUAGUUCACACUGUUUUAUUCCACGGUAAAGAAAUUAUUGAGCAAUUCAAACUCAAGGAAAAGCCAGACGUUCACAACAGAUUAAUGGCUCGUUACAGGAGGGUACCAGAAUGGUGGUUCCUUGUUUCAUUCUUGGUUUUUUUUGCGAUGUCAAUUGCCACUGUUAGAGCUUGGGAAACUGAAAUGCCAGUGUGGGCAUUGAUUGUUGCACUUCUCAUUGCCAUGUUCUUCUUACUUCCAGUAGCAAUCAUCUACGCAAGAACAAACAUUGGUGUUGGGUUGAACGUUGUAACGGAGUUCAUUGUGGGUUAUAUGCUUCCCGGUAAACCAAUUGCUAUGAUGUUUUUCAAGACCUUUGGCUAUAUCACCAACAACCAAGCGGUCACUUUUGCUCAGGAUAUGAAAUUGGGUCACUACAUGAAGAUUUCACCUUAUAACUUGUUCUUUUCCCAAUUUACUGCUGCUAUAUGGUCCUGUUUUGUUCAAAUUGCCGUUAUGAGAUGGGCUUAUGGUGCUAUUGACGGACUUUGUACAGAUGACCAGCCAUCAAACUUUACCUGUCCAGGAGCCAAGGUAUUUUUCAAUGCUUCAAUCAUUUGGGGGGUCAUUGGUCCACAACGUCAAUUUUCACAUGGUCAGUUGUACUACGCUUUGUUGUAUUUCUUCAUCAUUGGUGCUGUUCUUCCUGUUAUCAGUUGGUUAAUUUUGAAAAAAUACCCAAACAGUAUAAUCAAGUACUUGCACUGGCCCGUUUUCUUUUCAGGUACUGGUUAUAUUCCACCAGCAACACCAUUUAACUAUACAUCAUACUGUCUUGUUGGUUUAUUCUUUGGUUGGUGGAUUAAGAGAAAAUUUUUCCACUGGUGGACCAAGUACAAUUAUUCUUUAUCUGCUGGGUUAGAUAUUGGUUUAGCCUGGAGUCUUUUGAUCAUUUCGUUGGCGAUGGGUUUGACGCAAACUGACUUCCCAAGCUGGUGGGGAAACAAUGUUGUUAAUGGGACUCUUGACACUCAAAUCUCGACAAAUAUCAGAAAGCGUUUGGCUCCAGGAGAAACGUUUGGGCCAUCGACAUGGUAG